GAGAACCCGGUGCCCAUUGCCGCUGCCCGCAGGAUGGUGACGGACGUGCAGCUCGCCAUCUUCGCCAACAUGCUGGGCGUGUCGCUCUUCCUGCUCGUCGUGCUCUACCACUACGUGGCCGUUAACAACCCCAAGCGGCAGGAGUGAAACGGGAGCGAGCCCCGAGCGGCACCGGGCUGCACUGCACAGAGCCGCACCACACGGAGCAGCACCGCACCAUGGCGGCUGUGGGAAUCCCCCCCCGCCCUCACCCUGCGACACCCCUCACUACCGUGCUCUCUCUGACCGGGCUUUGACAGAAACACGACAUGAGACAAAACCA